UUCAUUAAAUGGCCUACAGGGAACGAAAUGGAAAGAAGCAAAAAUGAGUUUUAUACUAUCGCUGGAUUUCCAGACGUUAUUGGAGCUGUCGAUGGGUGUCAUAUCCAAAUAAGUGCACCACACGAAAACUCAUCAAGUUACGUCAAUAGAAACGGCUAUCAUUCAAUCAACAUGCAAGGAAUUUGUGAUGCUAAAUUACAAUUCAUUCAUGUUUACGCUGGUUGUUGCGGAAGUGUCAAUGAUGCAAGAGUGUGGCAGCUGAGUGACAUUAGAGAGGAGAGUGAACGCGAUGUUGAGAAGUAUUUCCCAGGACAAACUCAUAUUUUAGGAGAUAAGAUAUAUCCUUUGCUUUUCAAUUUAUUACCGCCCUACAAAGACUAUGGUAACUUAUUGAGGGUGCAAAGGUGGUACAAUUUGUCACAUGCUAGAACACGACAAGUGAUUGAGAGAGCAUUUGCAUUGCUUUUAUGUCGUUUUCGGCGAUUGAAAUAUCUAUAUCUCCAAAAUGUGGAGUAUGCUUCCCUCAUCAUUCUUGCUUGUUGCUGCCUCCACAAUAUUUGCAUUUAUCUAAAUGAUUUACUGGAUGAAAUAGUAAAUCUUGAAGAGGAUGACCUUCAAGGAGAGUUCAACGAUGAGUUUGAUGAUCAGCUAUUACAAAUACCAGCGGAUAAUCCAAUUUUUAAUCCUGGUAUUAAACGUAAUGUAAUUGCCAACACAAUGUACUUAAAUCGCGAAUAUUAAUGUACAUUUUGUGAUGACGUUAAUUUACCUUG